AAUAAACAGUUGCUAAUGGAAACAAAACAGCAACACAUUCGACUUUCCUCAGUCACCAUCGUAGAAAUGUACAAAAAGGUCGACUGUAUACUUCUACCAUAUUCGGCAUCAGCUGUUUAUAAUAAUUUAUCCGUUAAAUCGGAAAAAACUAAAAAAACUGACACUUUAUGUUUCAUUCAUCAUGAUACCGUAUGCAUUGCUCCUACAAAAGCAUCGGCUCAAAAUAAAACAAAGUUUGUUAAAUGUUCGAAAUUCAAUCCUGAUAGGAGUAUCCAUGUGACUCAGGUAGCCUGGUGUAAUUUAGGCUACGAAACCAUCUUAAUAGUAACGUCAACCGUAGGAUUGCAAGUUUUCGAUCAACACGGCGAAGAAUGCAUAUUUUCUCAUCCUUGCAGCGAUGUGACCGAACGAUACGAUCGAGGGUUCGCCAGAGGAAUAGGAAUCUUCAACGCGUUUUAUUUUUGCAUCGGUAAUAGCGCCGGUUGCAUACGAAUGUUCGGUCCACCAGAUUUAGAAGACGAGAUAAGUUUCAUCGAUCGAAAACACAAUCAUAUGUACGCCAUAACGGAUUUAUCCGCGUACAAAGAGUAUUUAAUAUCAGCCGAUGAAGAAGGUAUAAUAAUGGUAUGGCAUUUAGAAACCGAAGAAUUAAUUCACAAGAUGACGAUAGCCUCUCAAAGUCACUGUAUAGGAAUUAAACUUGUACGAGAUUUCCUCGUAGCAACUUACGGUUGCGGAAAAAUACGACUGUACAAUGUCGAGAGAGACUCUCACAAGAGUAGAAUAAAUACGUUGAACGUUUCGCUAGAGGUGGCAGCUCACGCUCGAGCCAUUACGUCUUUCGAUAUAUCGGAAAAUAACGAGUAUUUAAUCACCGUAUCGGAAGACUGUUAUUGUAAAAUAUGGCAAUUUUAUAAAGACGGCAAUUCUCAGAUGCUGAAACACGUGGCCAAUAUCUUAAUCAAAGAUAGUAUGCUACUCGGUUGUAAAUUUUUAACCACGAAUGGGAGUAAAUUUUGCGUUUCGACUUACGACAGCAACAUAGUGACGUGUUAUUCAUUAUGAAAAUAGGCUCCAUAGGUACGGUAUACGGCGGUACAAUUCAGUCGAAUGGUAAACGAUAUCACAGUAAUUUUUCAUCAUUAACUAACGUUCAUUAAUUUACCUAUUUCAAUACCAACUCGACGCUGAGCUGAUUUAUUUUAUUGUGUAUAUCGUGGUAGAAAGUAUCAUCAACGUCUGUUUCAUCGCCGGAUAAAUUUUUAUAAUAUUCUAAUAAACGUGGUAAAACCUUAA